GCGACUGAUGUGAGUGAGGAGUUGUCCCAGCGGCGCUUUGUACGUGAUUUCAGCACAGGCAGGUCGUGUACAGGUUGGUUUUAACGAUAUUUUAAUGUUCGCCUGACGCUCGAAGCUAACUUGACUGUGUAAAACGGAAACUGGAGAGUUUGUAGUGGAGCUGCAAACCGGCGGGAGCAGACACGGGUGUUACUGGACUUAUCAUCUAUAAAUAUGAUGGAGGAUUUCUCUGGUUUGGCUCUGCCUCCUCUGUUUGGAGGACACAUCCUGGAGGCUGAGCUGGAGCCUGGUGGUGUGGAGCUGGGGCCAGGAGAGGUGGAGCUGGGCCCGGGAGGAAAUGAGCUGCUGGAGAGCACAGCACAAGAGGAUGAAGAGAGAAGAGCGCUCGAUAAGAGGAAAUAUCUGGCUCUGAGCAGGAGAUGUAAAGAAAUUGAACAGGUGAAUCAGAAGAUUCUUGGUCGCCUUCACCAAGUACAAAGAAUAACAAGGCGACUGAAGAAAGAGAGGCGAUUUCUCAUGAAGACUUUAGAUGCUCAUGGAGAUGACUACAGAAAUGCCCAGCUCACUAUACUUCUAGAGGAGGAGUCUGGAGCCCAUUUAGAUCCUGCUGCGGGGGUGGAGGAUGAGCAGCUCAAUGGUGUGUCUGGUCCCACUUCGUCUGCAGCUUUGCAUCACACUGCCGGACCGAAGAAGAGGAGACACCGAAUUCCUCGACAAGAAAAAGAUAAAGACCAACAGACUGAACCAGACAUUUCAGUGCUGACAGAGACACAUUUUGGAGAAAUGCCCAGCCCAACCUCACUGUCUCACUGAUCCCUGCACUACCCUGGAUUUGAUGAUGAUGGUGAUGAUGAUGAUGAUGUAGCACGCAGCGUCUUUUACCAUUCAGUUGAUCUCUUAGCCAGGUUUUGCACUGUCUGUAGUUUUACUUGAACAUUGAGAACAGAUUGAAUUAAUGCAAGGUGUAAUGUAAUGCAAUCUUAAUAACCUGGUACACAUAUACAUUUGUUUUGUAGAGAUUCAUAUUUUGCACUCAGAGUUUAUGACAGCGCAAUAUUGUGGCAAACUGUAUUGAUGAUGAUUAAUGAUUUCAUGAUUUUAUAUCAGCCAGCAGACUUAUGAUUAGUAUUGAGGAAUUGCAGACUGCUAUUUAUGAUGGGUUUUUUUAUUCUAAAUUUAAAAACUUGCGUUUUCACUCAUGUUUUCACAUCUGCCUCAACGAUUUAAACUGAACGAACUGAUGCAAACUCAGUUGGAUGUGUGUGUUUUCUUUUGUUAUUAAACCACAGUUGAAAUUGUGACAGGCAGAAAUAAAAAAUUAAGUGUGUUGUCA